AGCUGGGCGGUUGGUCACGGGGUGGAUCAUGACGUCACCACUGAAGAAAUCCACAGAUGGCUGGAAGACAAGCAUAGUGUUAAGAAUGGGUAGAAUGGGCACCAAGGUCUUGGGACAUCAGUAGCACUCCAGAAACUCCCCAACUAGAAAGAUGCUCAGGACCCCCUAGGCACGACUAUUAAAAAGGAAAAAAGGUGCACAGGCUCCGCAUAAACUCCUCCAGGCCAGGGAGGGAGGCGGAGGCCAGGCGCGGGGGAGGAGCCGACUACUAUAAAGGCACUGCUCUGCUGGCGGCCCCACUCCAGUCUGAACACAUGUGCCCGCGUCGCCCGGCAGCCGCCACCGCGGGGCGCAGCGGAGACCCCUGGCCCGGCGGCCUGUGGGGGCCUAAAGAGGCGGCAUGAGCAGCGCACCGUGGAGCUGACGCCGCGCCCCCUGCCCGGCCCAUGUCCUUCGCCAUGCUGCGCUCAGCGCCUCCGGGCCGCUACCUGUACCCUGAGGUGAGCCCGCUGUCGGAGGAUGAGGACCGAGGAAGCGAGAGUUCGGGCUCCGACGAAAAACCCUGCCGUGUGCAUGCAGCACGCUGUGGCCUCCAGGGCGCCCGGCGGCGGGCAGGAGGACGGAGGGCCGCGGGAAGCGGGCCGGGACCCGGGGGGCGGCCAGGCCGCGAGCCCCGGCAGCGGCACACAGCGAAUGCGCGCGAGCGGGACCGCACCAACAGCGUGAACACGGCCUUCACCGCGCUGCGCACACUCAUCCCCACCGAGCCAGCAGAUCGCAAGCUCUCCAAGAUUGAGACGCUGCGCCUGGCUUCCAGCUACAUUUCUCACCUGGGCAACGUGCUGCUGGUGGGUGAGGCCUGCGGCGACGGGCAACCAUGCCACUCGGGACCCGCUUUCUUCCACAGCGGUCGUGCGGGCAGUCCCCUGCCACCGCCACCACAACCACCACCUCUGGCCCGAGACGGAGGCGAGAAUACCCAGCCCAAACAGAUCUGCACCUUCUGCCUCAGCAACCAGAGAAAGUUGAGCAAAGACCGUGACAGAAAGGCGGCGAUUCGAAGUUAGAAGGAGGAGGGUCCACAGCAGCCAAGAGGUGAUGCCUAGUGAAGGUGGAUGCCACUGAAGAGUCACCGAAAGCCCCACCUCGGACCUGAUCUGAGCACAGGUCCCCAGGAGCACGCUCACCUGGCCAGACCUGCCCCAGCUAUGAGCAGGGCCUAUGAACAGACAGAUGGACAGGCGGGCUAUGGCUUGACUCUAAGUAGCCCAACACUUCCCAGGCCCACUGGAACUUUCCAUGCUGACUCCCUACCUGGGCCAAGUGUUGGCAUCUUGUGUCUUUAAUAUGAUAAUAUAAAGUCUGAAAAUUUUUGUAUAAUUAAAAAUGAAACAGUAUCUUCCA